AUGAUGGCGCCAAAUAUCACAUCCUCCCCUGAUGCACUUCUGGCCGGCACGACCAGUGGCACAAUUCCGAAAUUGACCCAAGCGGAGCUAAAUCAACUCUACUUCGAUCGUGUCUAUCCCUUCAUUCCUAUUCGGCAGCAAGGUCGCUACUUCUCCUGGGCAAAGCAGCGCUCGCCGUCCGGAUCACACCUAUGUCUGAAAUACGCAGUAUGGACCAUGGCAGCAUCACUCUCCUCGCAAUUUCAACACUUGCGAGAUGGCCUAUACCAUGACACGCGUCAGAUGCUCGAAGCAUUGGAGAAUGAGGAUUACCACCAAGAAGAUGCAUUUUACCUCCAGCAAGCCCAGGCCUGGAUUCUAGUCGCCGUUUAUAAUUCAUGCAGAAGACAUUCCGACGUCCUUGGGCGAGCACAGGCCGAGCACUUCGCCUAG